AUGCCGUCCCCUGCCGCCGUCGACCCCCUGAGCGGCUACUGCGCCGUCACGAGGACCUUCCACAGCCUCCGCGCGCCCAUCCCGCUGCCGCCCCCAUCCCCGCCGCUCUCCUUCCCGGCCUUCGCCUUCUCCCUCCUCCCCUCCCCGCUCCCGGCCCACGCCGCCUUCCUCGAUGCCGCCACCGGCGAGGCCGUCCCCUUCCCGGCCUUCCUCGGCCAGGUCCGCGCCCUCGCCACGGCUCUCCGCGCCCACCUCCACAUCUCCCGCGGCGACGUGGCCUUCGUCCUCGCGCCCCCCAGCCUCCACAUCCCCGUGCUCUACUUCGCGCUCAUGGCCGUCGGCGCCGUCGUCUCCCCCGCCAACCCGGCCCUAACCGCAGGGGAACUGGCCCACCUCGCCGCGCUCUCGAAACCCUCCGUCGCCUUCGCCGUCUCGAGCGCGGCCGGCAAGCUCCCACCCGGGCUCAGCGCCGUCCUCCUCGACUCGCCGAGAUUCUCCUCGUUCUUGCACGGGCCCGGCGAUGCCUUGGUCAUGGACGCCGCUGUGAUGCACCAAUCGGAUCCGGCGGCGAUACUCUACUCCUCCGGCACCACCGGGAGCGCCAAAGCGGUGGUGCUGACGCACCGCAACCUCAUGGCGACACGCGUCUUGCCUGGUCCGGCGCCGCCAGGCGAGGUUCUGAUGCUGACCGUGCCGCUCUUCCACGUCUACGGAUUCGUGUUCUGCCUCAGGCCUGUAAUGGCGGCGCAAACACUUGUGUUGCACACGGCGGGGAGAUUUGACACCAGGGGGGUGCUGGCAGCGGUGGGGAGGUUCCGGGUGACGCGGCUAGCCCUUGCGCCGCCGGCGCUGCUGGCGAUUGUGCGAGCAGCUGAGGACGACGAGAGUGUGGCUGCCAGCGCAGCAACGCUGCAGGUGGUGCUCUGCGGCGGCGCAUCCCUCUCACCGGAGCUUGUACGGCGGUUCUCGCAUAAAUUUCCCCACGUCUUUGUUUCACAGGGAUAUGGACUGACCGAGACUACAGCUGGUUUUUGCCGUUCCACUGGAGUAGAAGAAAGUCGACGAAUCGGAUCAGUUGGGCGUCUUUCACCGGGCGCUGAGGCGAAGAUUAUUGAUCCUGCAACAGGGCAUGCUCUGCCUCCGGGUCUGCCAGGCGAGCUUUGGGUCCGAGGACCUUUUGUAAUGCAAGGCUACCUUGGUGACAAGGAAUCCACCUCUGGGAUUUUGGAUUCUGAAGGGUGGUUGAGAACCGGGGAUGUUUGUGUCAUCGACAAAGAUGGAUUCCUCUCUGUGGUUGACCGGCUGAAAGAGAUAAUUAAGUACAAGGGCUACCAGGUUGCUCCUACAGAACUGGAGGACCUGCUUCAAACACACCCAGGUAUCGACGAAGCCGCAGUUGUUGGAUACGCCGACGAUCAGGCUGGCGAAUUGCCGGUGGCAUUUGUCGUAGGACGCUCCGGAAGCAACUUGCAUGAGGCACAGAUCAAAGACUUUGUCGCUAAACAGGUCGUGCACUAUAAGCGAGUACAUCGUGUUUUCCUUGUGGAUUCCAUACCGAAAAAUGCUGCGGGGAAGAUCUUGCGGAAGGACUUGGCUAAGUUAGCAUUGCAUCGGAUUAACGCCAAAUUAUAA